AUGCCGGGCGUUACCCCGAUUGGAUCGAUGUCGAGGGACGAGGGAAUAGCCCCCAACUAUGGCUUCUUCAAAUUCACUCCAGACAAGAUCGUCGUCCCUAGGCCAUUAGAAGGACGUCACGACCUGUCGACGUGGACAGAAUCGAUCGAGCCGCAGCUUGAGAUCGCUCAGUUAAAGCGAUUCAUAGAUGGCACCACUCCCAUUCCACCAGCGCGUGCACUUGCACAUCUCCACGGAUUGGCUGAUGUGCCACCCACCCUUCCCCACUGCAUGCACACGUGUCGAUACCCCGCUAAGUGCACGAGGACGCCUCUCCACACAGACGCCGUCGACGGACGUGUGCACGUGGACGCCUCUCCACACGGACGUGCUGCGUUCAUGCAGCUGGAGCGUGAACGAUUGUCGCCGCAAGCGAUGACGGUUCCGCUCGAGACGAGACAACCCAAACCCCCUUUUCCACAUCCCUCCGACCUUUCUCACUCUUCCCCACCGCUCUCCACCCCUCCCUAUCCCUCCGCACCAGGCACGUGGACGCCUCUCCACACGGACGUGCUGCGCUCCUACAGCUGGAGUGUGAACGUGUGCGGGCGCAAGCGAUGGCUGUUCCUGGAUCCGGCUCAAGCCAAAUACGUGCGGCACAAGCACACGCGUGCCACCGUAUAUGACGUCCAUUCCCCUGUCGACCCCAAUCUCUUUCCGGAUUUCGACCAGGCGCGCUGGGCCAUGGUGGAGCAAGGAGCAGGCGACGCCAUCUUUGUGCCCAGCAACUGGUUGCAUCAAGUCACCAACCUGGUCAGCCUUCCUUCCAUCCUCCUUCUCUCCGCACUCUCACUAACCAGCCUCUCCUCCUUGCCCCUCUUCAUACCUUCUCGCCCCUCCACCCCCACCCCACCCCCACUCACUCCUGCCCUUUGGCGUCUGUUGAAGGAGGACGAGGAGGAGGCACGUGCAGCGAUCUGCGAUGUGGAGGAGAUGGUGAAGCGGGGGCAGAUGACGGAGAGGGAGUUCCAGCAGCUCGUCCAACGCAACCUCAUGGCCAAUUCAGGUGCGUGA